GCGCUUGUAGCCGCCGCCGGGCCGCAGGCUGGCGAGCCGGGGCGCGCUGGCGGCGGCGGCGGGCGAGAAGGAGGAGGGAGGCGGGAGCCAGCCGCCGGCCGCGCCGCCGCCCCACAAGAGGAUGAAGAAGCGAAAGGAGCUGAACGCCCUGAUCGGCCUGGCCGCCGACGGCCGCAGGAAGAAGCCCGCCAAGAAGGGCUCGGGACACCGGCUGCUGCGCACCGAGCCGCCCGCCUCCGACUCCGAGUCCAGCUCCGAGGAGGACGAGUUCGCGGGGGCGCGGGGCCGCUGCGGAAAGGGAGAUUACCUACGAUGCUGCAAGUUCUGUUACCCAUUAUGUGCGUUUGUCAUUCUUGCCGCUUGCGUGGUAGCGUGUGUUGGCUUAGUCUGGAUGCAGGUGGCUCUCAAGGAGGAUCUGGAUGCAAUAAAGGAGAAGUUUCGAACUAUGGAAUCUAAUCAAAAGACAUCAUUCCAAGAAAUUCCUAAGCUGAAUGAAGAUCUGGUGCAGAACCAAAAGCAGCUAGAACAAAUUGAGACUGGAGAACUGGGGCUGAAUAAAAUUUGGAUAAAUAUCACAGAGAUCAGUAAACAGGUAUCACUAUUGACCUCAACAGUAAAUCAUCUCAAAAACAACAUAAAGUCUGCUGCUGAUCUGAUUUCUCUUCCUCUCACAGUAGAGAAACUUCAGAAGACUGUAGCAACCAUAGGUAGCACUCUUACCAGUGUGGCUCAUGAUGUUGAAAAUAUACAGACAGCUAUUGAAGAAUACAAGAAAUCCAUAGAAAUACUCCAGAAUGAUGUGAAGGAAUUAAAACAGAUGCCUUCACUUCCCUCCACUGUUGUGCCAAGGACUGAGGCAAAUCAGACAGAAAAUUGCAAAAAGGAAAGCCAGGCACUGCAGGCAGCUCUGGAAGAGCUGAACAACACCGUGGUGGCCUUCCGAAAGUCGAAUGACAUCAGGCUUCUAAACGUGGACUCAGCCAUUGGCAACCUCAGCCGGAAGGUUACGCUGUUGGAAAACUCUCCCCUUGUUGUGAAUAACCUGGACAAAAGAGGGAACUUGUCUACCAGCGUGGGGAAUGAUGCAACUACCUCUCCAAAAGCAGAAAAUGAAGAGCAACUAGAUAGUGAAACUCAGUCAAAUACAGAACUGAAGGAAACAGGAACUAGAGAUUCUCAGGUAUCAAAACUAAGAGAGACGCUUCAGCUGAUCAGUGCUCUCACAGGCAAGCCAGAAAAUGACAGACCCAUCGAGACAACAAAGAAUGUUGAAAGUAGUCCGAGUACUACAGCAAAGCCCACAGACCUUUCAAGGCUGACUUCAAGGUCAGCUGGUGACAACACAGAGAGUAAUGGGCAGCCGAGCCAUCUGUCCUUACCAGGAAUUUCCAGCAUCGAAGAUCUUCAGAAGCUGUUUGAAAAAGCACCUGAAGAUGCUCAUGGGAAACUCACAUAUGAAGAUCUUCAAACGUUGCUUGGCUCCAUAGCCCAAGAGUCACAGAGCUUUAAGGAAUUUGACACAGAUGGAGAUGAGAAAUACACGCUAACAGAACUGAGAUUAGCAUUAGGUGUAUAGGAUAUCUAUAUUUAGAAAUUUGAUAUUGGUGGAUGUUACUGUAGCUAAAGGAAGCUACAGGACAUGAAAAAACUACGUCUGCACUUUCCCAGUGUUUUACUGAUCUGUGGAGCUAAAUUACUGUACACAUUGACACCUUUUUUCAUUUGCAUUUAUUGAAAAGAAAUUUACAAGUUUAUAUGUCUAUAGGACAUACUAUUGGGACUGUGUUAAAAUCCAGAAAAUUCCCGAACUUGGAAACAUUUUCCUCUAAUUCUUUCCUUUUCAAAGGAGUUCUUGGUUUUAAUUUAAAAUGUGUACAUACUAAAAUAAAACUAUGGUUUUAUAUUUCACUGAAAUUUGCCUUAAAUUAGAGAGCUGCACUUUAUGAAGAGCAGAAGGAAAUCUGUCUUGUGAAGAUGGGCUGCUUCUGCCUGUAAAUAUUUGAGAUAGAGUAAAUUAUGCAUAUUUAAGGGGAAGUUUGUGUCAGGGGCUGUGUUGGUAGUAAGUGGUUUAUAAUGAGAGACUGAGCCUGAAAUGGGUGGUUAAGAGCUUCAGCUGAAUUUCUGAUUUUGACUAAGUAAAUCCGUGAAUGAGUUUGGCCUCAGUCAGAGGAAAGCAGGAGGGGUAAGUCAUGCCCAUCGAUAGCAGGAUGUAUUUUUAAAGGGAGGAGUUGAAAGUGUUUUUAUAUCAUAAGCCUACAGGAACAAUUAAAUUGCCGAGUGCUUGGGUUUUCACUUCAGCAUUCUUUAAGCUUUGCUGUGCUGCAUCCAGAUUAUAUUUUGUGAGAUGAGCCUGUCUAUUUAUUUUUUUUAAAAUGAACAUAUUGAAUAGCUUUAUCAGACGCUUAAGAGGUAAAAGCCUCCAGCGCAGCCUGCUGAGUAGCUCCUGAACAAUUUGUGCUUCAGCACUGCACUGCUACACUCCAGGAGUGCGAGCAGGUGGGAAGGCCCAGACUAGAUUCGUGAGCUGUUUCCUGACUAUUGGAAGUCUGGUCACUUCUUGGUACCUUUAUUUUUUGUGUCCUUGCCGACAGAAGGAUGUAAAAAGCAGGGUAGGCAUGUGCAUCAUUCUGUACUGAUACCCGGUUUGUAAGUGAGAAUUACUAUAGAGGAAUUUAAAGAUCAGUUUGGAUCUAAGCACAGAGUAUAUUUGUAAACCUCUGGAACAUAGAAAAAUUACUUUUGCAGAGGGGAUUCUCACUUGCAGGCUGUAUCAGAGCCAAGUUGGGUGAUUUUGCUCACAAAUAUCACUGAUCUGGUUAAGAGUUUCUUGCAUGAUUAGUGAAUUGAAGUUGCCCACCUCACUGAAACAUCAGUUUAUGUGGAAGUUGGUUUGCAAUUGUUGACUUUUAUAUAACUUAAGCCUGGAUGUUUUAUCAGUAAUUGUAUUCUGGAAGUAUGAAUCAGCAAAGGAAUGUACAAAAUGGAGCCCUGUUAUCCAUUUCCUAGGCUUCUUUCACUGUUGCUCUUCUAUCCUGUUUGGGUAAUGCCGAUGUCACCCAAUACCAAAAUGCUUUUGAUGUGACGUUUGAAAAUGCAGUAUUUAAAAACAAAACCAAACCAACCAACCUUGGCUUUAGAAAGGGCAAGAAGCCAACACUUGCUUCUUGCUGCUUCCCACACCCUUUUAUACACUACUGUGUAAUUCCUCAACCAAAUAAUAAAAAAAAAGCAAUAAAAUUUAACCAUUCUGAUAUUUUAUUUGUACAUACUGUAUCAUAGCCAUAUGCCGGAGUUUGCAGAAUAUUUUUGGAAGUUUUGUUUGUAUGAAAUUUAACUUACCUUAAAAUUUAGGGGGAUUUACGGUUAUCGCAGUGUGAAUCUUAUUAGUGUUUUGUUUUGUUGCAGUCUGCUUUACUUUUAGAAGGCUCUUCAACAGCAGCGAUGAAAACUGUCAGCUAGACAUGAUGUGUGCCGUUCCCCUGCCUGUGCCCCGGGAGCCGAGCUGGGCAGCGAUCGGCCUGGGACACAGCUGCCCGGGGAUGCUGCUCAACUUGCAUGUCGAGAGCGUACUCGACUGCUGCUCGCUGUAGUCAGUGCUGCUGUAGGGUGGACUUGUGCUGUCAAUUAGACAAAAUCUGAUCAUCCCCGAGGACGGCGGUCGCUUUCGUGCUGCAAGCAAGCUGGGAGGCACCGGUCCCAUCCUGCCACCACUUUCCAUCCCGCACGCUUCCCAAAGCCCUGACGCCGGGCGCUGGCAAGGGUUCCUCUCCCGUGUUUAUUCACGCUGCAGAUGGCAGAGGGCACAAAAGCCACGAGUGUAGUUAAUACGCUUGUCCGGAUCAGCUCCGUGCCUGCUGCUGGGGCGGUACCAGAGGGGCGGCCGAAAGCUGCGGGCAGCACGUCCUGCAGAAAACAGCGGUGUCUGUCUGAAAUCAAAAGAAACGAAGCGGUGACACCGAGCUGUAGCGGGAACAGAGCGAUGCUUUGCUGACACUGUCGCGCCGCGGUCCCCGGGUCCGUUCUCGGGCUGUGUUUGUGGUUUCGGGUGACCCCCUUCCCCCGUGUACCUUCCCCCUGCGGUUACCGACCUGCGCGGGGCUCCGCUUCGCCACGUACCGCGACUUUUAAUUGAUGCCAAUAAUAAUAAAAAAAUAAAUCUC